AUGGCCAUCUACAGCGCCGUCCCGCCGCCCGCGGACCACGCCCCAGCGGCGAACACCACGACGCCGCCGCCGAUUGUCCAGUCUCCGUCGACUCCCGUGACGAACGGCGCCAUCGACAUCGAUGCCUGGACCGUCUCCGCCCUGCAAUCCCUCCGCGUGUCGCCCGUGGCCCGCGGCACCGGCUCCCCGCUUGCCAUCCCCAUUGACCUGGACGUCAAGGUGAAGCAGACGGCGUCUGUUGUCGUCCGCAAUGUUGGGUUCGGCGGGGAUGACUCGUCGUCUCCCCCGCGGCGGCCGUUGUCCCGGCGGGAUAGUCAGCGCACGCGCGACAUGGUGAUGAAGGGCAAGGAGGGAAGCCGUCAGCGGAGGCGCUGGGAGAAUGAUCGCCUCAUGCACGUCCCCAACGUCCAGCCCCCGCAGCCGGUCGACUGGGAAGUCCACCCCACGCACCCCAUCCACCGCGUGCCGUACCAGCUGGCCCAGUUCUGGGACCGCGGCGUACGCCAGCACGUCGAGGACAAGACGGUCCGUCUGCAGGCCUCCCGCAAGCAGCAGCAGCUCCAGCGCGGCAGCGCCACCGGUCUCGGCGCCGGCGAGGUCCCGCGCGACCUACGCGAGGCCGCCAAGCGCACCCCCGUCGUGCGCACCUGGGUGCGAGCCCUCGAGGAGCCCGUGAGGCAGUAUCUGUGCGAGCAGGCCCCGCGUCAGGAGCCCGAGGUCGAGGCCGAACCCGAUGCCGAUGUCGACAGCGCCGCUGAGGAGAUGGACUCGGACGACGAGGAGAUUGUCUUUGUUGGCAGGAACGGCGCCAUGCGGGAGCUGCAGGAGAAGCGCGCGCGGUGGAAGAAGGCCCGCAGGGAGGUGUCCCAGGAGACGGUCGACUCGGGCAUGGUGUUUGACUCGUUCGGCACCGACGAGAGCGCCGCUUACAAGCGCUGGCUCACCCACUCCAUCUCCGACUACUACGGCCUCGAGUCCCGCUCCGUCACCAUUGCCAAUCCGUCCCGCCGCGUGGUAUACGUGGGAGUGAAGCAAGUACACCCGCAAGCGGCACCGCCCGGGCGGACGCUACCUCGGCCACUCUGGGAGCUAUGUUGA